AAAAAGACUAAAAUGGCGCUGGAUGACUCGAGCAAAGUAUCGAAGGUCAUUAAUUCAGAUUAUUUAGACAAGUGAUCUCUUGCAUAGAAGCAAUAAACAUUGUUUCAUUCGUCUAUUUUACAUUUGCUUCUGUCUCUUUACUUAUGAGUUCGUGACGUGUUUUUCCUCGAAAAUUCUACUACAGUUUGACGGAAGAAAUGAAUACCCACUAUGGAGGUGGUGGAAUUAUUUAAUAAAUACAACGAGAAACUAGGAUCUUUUAUUUUAUCAAGAUGGAUUGGCAAAUUAAUCACAGAAUAUCAAACAUCAAAGACCUUAUUUAUAAUCAUAAUAUCUGUUCUGUUAAUUGUAUUAAUUAUAUCGAUAAUCAUUCUUCGAAAAUGGAAAAACAAAGAAUUUCUACCGGAAGUAAAAGAAUUUGUCGGAGUAGGUACAGGCAAACCGAGAUUCAGAAAAAGAGACAAAUUACUUUUCUAUGGAAGAAAGAUGUUACGCAAAGCAAAAUCGAUCAGUGGACAAGUACACGCAACUGGACAAGGGAAAAAAAGAAAGGCUGUAAUGCGAUUCGCGCGAAGACUUUUACAGCUCAAGAAAGAUACGGUGCCCCUGCAACUAAAAGUACUGGAACCGCCUGCUGAAUAUUUAGAAGAAGACUUAGGCCCUGGUGAUAGAGUACCACCCGAUGCUUUGUAUAUGUUACAAAGUAUUAGAGUAUUUGGUCAUUUUGAAAAACCUGUUUUCUUAAAAUUAUGCAAACAUACGGAAAUUAUGAAUUUACCAGCUGGAAGUACUUUAUUUAAAAUUGGAGAUCCUGAUGAAAAUUUAUUUAUUGUACAGCAAGGCUUGGUUAAUGUAUAUAUCACAGGACCUGAUGGUUCUCAGAUAUCGUUAAAGCUGGUAAAAACAGGAGAAUCGGUCACUAGCCUCCUUAGUUUCACCGACGUACUUACUGGGCAUACAAGUACCUAUAAAACAGUAUCCGCUAGAGCUGUCGAGGAUUCUAUCGUAGUUAAGUUACCAAUGAGUGCAUUUCAAGAGGUUUUUCAAGAUCAUCCUGAUGCAUUUGUUCGAGUUAUCCAGGUCAUUAUGGUUCGCCUUCAGAGAGUCACUUUUACUGCUUUACAUCAGUAUCUUGGACUAUCUGCGGAAUUAGUUAAUCAAGGAACGCAUAAAAAGAAACAGAGUCCGUUUUCUGGAUCUCCGGUUAGAUCGAGAACAAAAGAAAGUUUUACUAGCCAAAGUGCAGAAAAUCAGUUCAGCGCGCCUGCAACCACUUCAUCGGAACAACAUGCUUCGAGUGAAAUACCUCAUCGUGAAACUUGUUCGUUAAAUAGUCAUCAAUCUGUACCUAUUGUUAUAAGUCGACGGUCGAAAACUAAUCUUGAUUGGAAAAAUGAAAAUUUAAGUGCACAAUCAGGUCAGAACACAGCAGACAUGGUGCCAGAAUGCGAUUCUCACUGGCCGAAUUCUUCGACCAUGACACCGCAACAAUCGCAACAAUCGCAACAAUCGCAACAAUCGCAACAUGGAUCACAACCGGACGUUGUACACAGUGGAAAUUCUCAUCAGAACAAAAAACGGUCUACUACGAUCGAACCAAUUCAGCAACAACUCGAUGAUGCACAUCUUGUGCAGAUAGCUACAGAAGCAUUUGUUAGAGAACUUGGCUUAGAAGAUGACUCUAUACUGAAAGAUGGCAAGGUUCAAAUCAGAGAAGUACCAGCUGGAACUUACUUAAUGAAGGAAGAAUCUCAUAAGGAUGUUGCACUUGUCUAUGUUGUAUCUGGUGCGUUAUUAGUUAGUCAACGCGUUUCAGAGGGAAGAGACAUAGGUCAAGAAGUCCACAUGUUUAGUGCUCAUCAAGGUGAAAUAGUCGGAGGACUAGCUGUAUUGACUGGAGAACCUUCUUUUUAUACUAUUAGAGCGAAACAUCCUAGUCGCAUAGCUCUUCUUAGUAAACCAACAUUUUUCGCUAUUAUGCGAGAACAACCUACUGUUGUAUUACAUGUAGCUCACUCGGUUGUUCGAAGACUUAGUCCCUUCGUACGGCAGGUCGAUUUUGCUCUCGAUUGGCUGUUCCUAGAAAGUGGUAGAGCAGUAUAUAGACAAGGAGAUGAAUCUGAUUCGACUUUCAUCGUUCUAAGUGGUCGAUUACGAUCAGUAAUCACGUAUACAAACGGGAAAAAAGAACUUGUUGCCGAGUAUGGUAAAGGAGAUCUAGUUGGUAUCGUAGAAAUGGUCACUCAGACUCCACGAUCAACAACAGUAAUGGCAGUACGAGACUCUGAGCUAGCAAAACUCCCUGAAGGAUUAUUUAAUGUUAUUAAACUACGUUUCCCGAUAGUAGUUACACGACUGAUAAAUUUACUUGGACAUCGUAUUCUUGGCACUUGGCAACAAGCACACGCAAAGAACGGUAGUAGUGAUACACAACGUGCUGCUGCGACAGUCGAUGCAAGACCAGCCCAAGUGAAUUUUUCAACUGUCGCGAUAGUUCCAGUAUCCGAUGAUGUACCAUUAACUGCAUUUACAUAUGAACUUUAUCAUUCAUUAUGCGCUAUUGGGCCGUGUUUACGUCUCACCUCAGAAGUCGUUCGCAAAACAUUAGGUAGUACUAUCAUGGAACCUGUAAAUGAAUAUCGAUUAACUUCGUGGCUUGCACAGCAAGAAGAUCAGCACAGAAUUUCGUUAUACCAAUGUGAUUCGACAUAUACACUGUGGACUCAACGGUGUGUCCGACAAGCUGAUUGCAUCCUUAUCGUAGGACUAGGGGACCGACCUCCAUCUAUAGGUAGAACUGAACGAGAAGUUGAACGUUUAGUGAUGAGAACGCAGAAAGAAUUGGUACUUUUGCACAGAGAAGGUGGGCAACGGCCUUCAAAUACAGUACAAUGGUUAAAUAUGAGAUCUUGGGUUUCUAGUCAUCAUCAUAUUCAGUGUCCCAAACGAAUGUUUACAAGAAGAUCUCAGUAUAGAAUUAACGAGCUGUAUUCGAAAGUUCUUAUGUCUGAACCAAACGUGCAUAGCGAUUUUAGUAGACUUGCUCGUUGGUUAACCGGAACUUCGGUAGGGCUUGUGCUCGGUGGUGGUGGUGCUAGAGGUGCGGCGCACGUAGGAAUGCUCAAAGCAGUUCUCGAAGCUGGUAUACCUAUUGAUAUGGUUGGUGGAGUUAGUAUUGGAGCAUUUAUGGGUGCACUGUGGUGCAUGGAAAAGAAUAUUACAACAACCACUCAGAAAGCACGUGAAUGGUCCAAGAAAAUGACACAGUGGUGGAGACAAAUAAUGGAUCUGACAUAUCCAGUAACAUCCAUGUUUUCAGGAAAGGAUUUUAAUAAAACGAUUCAAACAACAUUCGGAGAUACGUAUAUAGAAGAUCUCUGGUUACCGUACUUUAUAAUAACCACUGACAUCACUGAUUCCUGUAUGCGUACGCACACGCACGGAUCGCUGUGGCGGUAUAUUCGGGCUUCGAUGUCUUUGUCUGGUUACAUGCCCCCCAUGUGUGACCCAGUUGAUGGCCAUCUCCUGCUCGACGGCGGGUACGUCAAUAACCUUCCAGGUUUACUAUGGAGAUACAUUCGAGCCAGUAUGACGAUUGCGGGGGUUUUUCCUCCUAUUUGCGACCCUCUUGACGGGCAUCUUUUGGUCGAUGGGUGUUAUGUUAAUAACGUGCCAGCUGACGAAAUGUUGAGGCAGGGAGCGCAUCACAUUCUGGCGAUUGAUGUUGGCUCACAAGACGAUACAGACUUAACAAAUUACGGAGACUCUUUAUCCGGUUGGUGGUUAUUAUGGAAACGAUGGAAUCCCUUCGCCACGCCUGUUAAAGUUCCAAAUUUACCUGAUAUACAGUCCAGAUUGGCAUACGUGAGUUGUGUACGACAACUAGAAGAAGUUAAAAACUCCGAUUAUUGUGAAUAUAUCAGGCCUCCAAUUGACAAAUAUAAAACUCUUCAGUUUACUAAUUUUGAUGAAAUUAAAGAUGUCGGGUAUCAACACGGGAAAACAUAUUUCGAGGGACAAUCGAAAGCUGGAGUUCUUCCUAGAUUUAAUGCCGAUAGAGAAAAUGCACGGGCUUUACGUGCAAAACAUCAAGCGGCGAAUCAGCAGUCCCUGUCUUCGUAUACUUUUACAGAUUUGGCUCAAAUGGUUUGCAAAGUCUCCAGAGGGAAUCGAUACGUUGAUUUGGAUAUUGAUACUGAUACAGAUGAAUUAGAAGAAUAUGAGGCGGAUUUAGAGGAAGAUGCACAAGAAGUAGGUUAUGCCUCUGAACCCACUGCCGGUAUUUUAGACCAGAGUCCUGACGAUAGCCGUAUGCGAGGAAGAGCUGGUGUUUCUUUAAGUUUAUCUGACACAGAAGCAGAAUCAGAAUUAGAUUACCAUACAAAAAUGUUUUAAACACUUUCUCAAUU